GGAAUAUUUGGCGCCAUUUCUUCCCCCAUUUUGACGAGCUUUUUAAAUGUAAUUUUUUGAUCAAUAAAUUAAAUCCUUAUUUCAAUUCAAAGGGUUUCGCUCAGUACACUUGGAUUAACCUACAACUCUAAAGAAAAUGGAUACAUCGAAUCCAGCGGUUUUUGUGAACGCGGAGUUGCUGCGGAUGCAUAUCGGCAAGAGAGUUCGCGCGGUAAUUCAGGUGCUCAGAAACGACGGCGGCUCAAUUAUCGGAAAAUCGACCGAUGAGCAACAGCUGGUCGUCAAGGGGCACCCUUCUAGCCCCCCCACGACUUUUCUCGAGGUUAUCGGCAUCGCUGACACUAACCAGUCUAUUCAGGCUGAGAUUUGGACCAAUUUUGGCGAUGAUUUUGAUAUAUCGAGCUACAAUGCUGUUUGUCAACUUGCAAAUGGGGAUUUCAAACACUUGUUCAUCUAAGCAGUUUUCUCUUUUGCAUUAGGGGGCUGAAGCAUGUGGUCUGAAUUUUUGUUAUCUACUAUGCAAGAAUUCUGAGUCUUUUUAGCCUUCUCUUGGUGUUUAGUUUAUGUUCUGUUUGGAUGUUACUUGAUAAUGAAUAUUGCAAUAUAUCAAUCCUAAAGUUUGCUGCUGUUA